UGCAGGAAUCAUGCAAGCUUUUUCCCCCUUCUGGGAGCUGUGAAAAGAACCUUUGUGGUGUGUUAUUUAACAUAUUGAUAACGUUUUGGGUGAGUCCUCCUGGAGAAAGCCAAACAUCCCUACCCACUUGAUGCGUUUGCCUUUAGCUUUACUGAACUGCAGAUGAUAUUUGUUGGACUGCAACAGUCAAAUAUCCAUAUCGUGAAAAGGCUUUGUCCUUUUUUUUAAAAAAAAAUUAGCUGGCAACAUGCUGUAGUCUUCACAUUUGCAAAUGUGCCUGAAAUAUAUAUUGCUUGUCUAAUCCUCAGUGGGUGUGGAUGGUAGCUGACCUUUUUCUAGGGCUCAUUGAUUCAUGCAGAGCAGUAUUCCAUUUAAACUCGGGGAUGUGAUAAGAAUCUACCCAAACUUUUCGUACUUUAUUCAGAAUGAUCUCCUCGCUCCGUCCUCCCUCUCUGCCCCUUCCUUACACGUUUGUCCAUAAUCUCUUACAAUUUCUCGCCGAACUGCCGGGUCCUGCAUGGCAAAUUUCAUAAAACCAAGAAAACAUAAAGGAAAGGAGCUAGUUAAAGGAAAUAGAAAGUUAAUCAUGUGGCAGUGGUCUCUAGAGUUAAAAGAAUGUGGCACUCCAUAUAAAGAAUGCUUGUUGUCACUCCCGGUUUCAUAUUCUACGAUAGCGCAGCUCUGGGUUUGUUGGUUUUUAACAUUGCUAUCAACUUAAUCCCUCUCUGCUUUUCAUUCUUUCCCCUAAGAGAUAUCAGCUGAGUUUGCUCUUAUAUAUACACGUAUGUAUAUUUCAAGCAGGAUGAAUGUUUCUAGCCCAGGCUGGUCUAAGGACUCUAGUGAGUGAUCUGCGAAGGAAAAACUCCUUCUAGCACAGAAAGGCUGUUAACGCGUAUUGAGAACCUUUUCAUCACCGACUUAAGUUGAAAAGACCCGGAGAGAGAUUGCAGGGGAAGAUAUUUGGCUCCCAGAUGUAUGGCAAGUGUUUGUCUUUUGGAAAACUUUAUUCUGCUCCCAACAGUGUGAAAAUGCACGUCUUAGCUGGAAGAAUGAGGAGAGACCAUGCCAUGCUUCCGACACUCAGACAGGUUGCAGGUUGUAAGGAACUGGGCGAUCGUUUGAAAGAAUGGUUGUAUCUCGACCCCACUCACUCGAGAUGCAAAGACAAGCUGAACGCCCUGGCGAUCUCGGUGAUGAACCAGUGGCCCGGCGUGAAGCUGAGGGUGACCGAGGGAUGGGAUGAAGAUGGGCACCACUCCGAGGAGUCGCUGCAUUACGAGGGCCGGGCCGUGGACAUUACCACCUCGGACAGGGACCGCAGCAAGUACGGCAUGCUGGCUCGGCUGGCGGUGGAGGCUGGCUUCGACUGGGUCUACUACGAGUCCAAGGCCCACAUCCACUGCUCCGUCAAAGCGGAGAACUCGGUGGCCGCCAAGUCGGGCGGCUGCUUCCCGGGCUCGGCCACGGUGCACCUGGAGCAGGGCGGCACGAAGCGCGUGCGGGACCUGAGCCCCGGGGACCGCGUGCUGGCGGCGGACGCGCAGGGCCGGCUGCUCUACAGCGACUUCCUGGCUUUCCUGGACCGCGAGCACGGCGCCCCCAAGCUCUUCUACGUGAUCGAGACGCGGCAGCCGCGGGCCCGCCUGCUGCUCACCGCCGCCCACCUGCUCUUCGUGGCGCCCCCCCACAACCACUCCCAGCCCGAGCCCGCCCGCAGCCGCGCCCUCUUCGCCAGCCGCGUGCGGCCGGGCCAGCGGGUCUACGUGCUGGGCGAGGGCGGCCGGCGCCUGCUGCCCGCCGCGGUGCACAGCGUCUCCCUGCGGGAGGAGGCCUCGGGGGCCUACGCCCCGCUCACGGCCCAGGGCACCAUCCUCAUCAACCGGGUGCUGGCCUCCUGCUACGCUGUCAUCGAGGAGCACAGCUGGGCGCACUGGGCCUUCGCCCCCUUCCGCCUGGCCCACGCCCUGCUGGCCGUGCUCUCCCCCAGCGCCGGCCUGUCCGAGGCGGAGCCCGCCCCGCCGGGCCUCCACUGGUACUCGCGCCUCCUCUACCGCCUCGGCAGCUGGGUGCUGGACAGUGACUCCCUGCACCCGCUGGGCAUGGCCGUGCAGGCCAGCUGAGAGCAGAGCACCGCCGCCACGCCCAGGCAGCCGGGAGAGAGGGGAAAAAACCAACGCACGGGAACAAGAAAAGAAAAGGAACAACAUAUUUUUAAAGGAGAGCACCUCGGCUUAAGACAUCAUCAUCAUACAAAUAAUGAUAAAGUAGGACAGUCCAAAGUAGACUUUAAGGAAAACAGAGACCCCGGGAAGUUUUCUUCUGUUUAGUUUAUAAAUAUAUUAUAUAUUUUUUUUAUUUGGUUGGUUCUUUUGUUCUGUUCUCUUGGUUGUUGUUUUUCCUCCUCUCCUGGAUAUUUAUUGGUUUGGUAUUUUGAAUAGAUGUUUUAAAAUGGAUAUGAACCGGACCUUCAAGAGCCUUAAGAAGCUUCUUUGAUAAUUUAUUAUCACCUGAACUGCACUCACAGGGGAAAACAUUAUUUUGUGAGGCCAAGCAAAACUGCACAGAGUCUAUUUUUCUACAUGUCACACCUGUCCUGACUUUCAGAAAGCAAAAUUCUGUACUUUUCCCAGCCCUCCAUUGCCAUGCUACUUCUUUUCAGCAAGUCUAUACACAAACAGAAAGAGACAAACUUCAAGGGGUCCAUAAAUUAUAUUUUUGUACACAGAAUUGUAAAUUAGAUUUUUUUUGAGAGAUCAAUACUUAACUUGAAUCACAUUUUGUUUUUGAAAUAGUGUAAAAUAUGAGAAUAUAUUAUUUUAAUUUAAAUAGUUUCAACUGUAACAUCAUUUCCUGUAUUGUUUUUCAUGUUUCUUAAAUAUUUUGCUAUGUAAAAACACCAUUCGGCCACGUUCUUGGAAGUCAAGACUGUUACACAAACUUUUUAUUUACAAAACCGUAAGAAACUGUUAUUUUUAACUUCAAAAAAAAAAGAAGAAAUGUAUUAGAAAAUAUUUUUUAAAAAAGCGCACAUGGCGGUAAUUCUGUGACAAAGGAGAGGGUAGUUUGUACAGAGUGAAAAAAAGGAUGUUUUGCAUUAAUAAAUUGAGAAAUAACUGCUGUAAAUUUACUAAAAUGUAUUUUUGAAUAUUUUGUAAUAGUUUUAUAGAAAUAAAAAUGUGCCAUGCACAGUCUGGUUAGUAUAUAAUAACUAAGAGUUCCUGGUGCAGCCCAUUUUUUUUCCUUUUUGCUUAUUGGUUUAGGAAACGUGAUACCUAAAGAAAUGCCCAUUGUUUUCUUUAGAUUGUUGCUUAUACUUUGAAUUCUGCUAAACGUAAGGAAGUAACCAAAUACAUCACAUCAGCUCUUGGGACACGUCAGAUUUGUUAUACUAACAGUAGAACCGCACUUAUUCGCACAAAUGACUGGCAGACACAUUUUGGAUUACUGUAGUCUGGACCAAAUCUUGCCACCCUUUCUCAGGCAAAGUUCCACUGUUCCAGAUUCUGUGUUCACUUAAGAACUCAUCCAAAGACCACUGAAGGCAAUGGGAAUCUUUCCAUUGACUUCUCAGAGGAAUCAUUGGAUCAUUAAAGCAAGCUAGUCUACAAGUGAACC